AUGGAGGCACCUCCAAAGCAAAGGCAGGACCAGAAUUUCUCCCCACUGAUGUAUCUGAUCUCUCCCCAGGGCAAAGUGACCAUCAGCUCCUCCAGCCCCACGGUGGCUGCGUCAGUACCACCCCCAUCCCAGGCCAGACCCUCACCCAUCAGCACUGGGCAGAUCUUCAGGCUUCCAGGGAGGCUGAGAAUCCAGCCCUCCCUGUGGAGCAAGGAUGAUGUGAUCCACUGGCUGCGAUGGGCUGAGAGGGAAUAUUCCCUGCGGCCCACUGAGCAGAGCAGGUUCGAAAUGAACGGCAAAGCCUUGUGCAUCCUCACCAAGGAGGACUUCAGACACCGAGCUCCCAGCUCAGGGGAUGUGCUUUAUGAAAUACUCCAGUUCAUUAAAACUCAGAGAAGAGCUCUGGUGUGCAGCCCCUUGCUGAACUCACCCUUCAGGAAAGCCAGGAGCACAGAGGAAGGUGCAGACUGCAGUGCUGAGGCUGCCCCAGUUGUUUCCUCGUGGCUGGGCUGUGCAGAGCAGCCCCUGUUCCACAGCCACACGCAGCCACUGAACCUCUCCCACCACAGCUCAGAGAGUAGCUGCAGGCCAGGCGCCAUCUGCUCUUUUCCUGCUACCCUGUCGGCCCCAGUGGAUGGGAAAAUUGCAGACUGCAGGCUGCUCUGGGAGUACGUGUACCAGCUGCUGGCCGACCGCCGCUACGAGCCCUACAUCAGGUGGGAGGACAGGGAGGCCAAGGUGUUCCGUGUCGUCAACCCCAACGGGCUGGCCCAGCUCUGGGGCAACCACAAGAACCGGAUGAACAUGACCUAUGAGAAGAUGUCACGAGCUCUCAGACACUACUACAAACUCAACAUCAUCAAGAAGGAGCCGGGGCAGAAGCUGUUGUUCAGGUUUUUGAAGACUCCUGGGGAGGCUGUCCAUGAGAAAUCCAGCAAACUGGAGCAGCUGGAGAAUGAGGACCAUGAAGAUUUGAAGGAAGACCCACUGGAGGUUUCACCACAAGCCCUGAAGAAGAAGCCCAGCCUCAAGAAGGUUUUCUCCCUGAAGAAGCACGGGGAGGAGGAGCGGGGAGAGCCGGGAUCCGGGCCCAGGAGCAAACGGCCCAGCUGCCUUCCCCUGCGGCACGUCCUGGCCCCAGCCCAGCCAGCAGAGGCGGAGCAGCCCGAUGGAUGCUACACCCAGGUGUCCCAGGAGGCGGUGCAGGGCAGCGAGAGCCGGGGGGACGCAGCAGGAGGGUGUGGGGAGCCCCCAGAGCCCCCCGGCACCGACGGGGUCGAUGAAGCCAUCAAAAGAAUCGUUGCUCUGCUCCGGAGUGCAGGAGAUGAGCUGGACAGGGAGGUGAGGGAGGACGCGCGGCUGCAGCUCUUCUUCAGGGACAUGUCCUACAGCUCCUUCAAGAACCUGGCUGAUGCCUAUGUGCAGAGGGAGCUGACAGCCAGCAGGCCCAACGUCAACCCCCAGGAGAUCCAGUUUGCCUACACGGUCCAUCUCACGGCCACGGUGGCGGGGAUCUGCAGCCAGGCAGUGAACAGGAUCAUGGGCUUCGGCACCCGCUACCUGGACGAUUCCUUUGCACCCUACGGCAAAAUUCUGCAGCUAGAGAUGAGCCUGGAGGCAGCAGAGGAGAAGACAGCCUGA